ACGGGAAUCGCAGUCCUUUUCUUUCUUCCUUUCUCCAUCUUCUUCUUCAGCGCCCUAUCUCUCACUGAUUCGGUGCACUGCAGAUUCAGAAUAUUCAGUUACACCCCCCAAUAAGGAGGAACAAAACAUUUGACUUUUGAGUUUUGACUUUUCUUUCUUUGGGGGUGUUCCUUUGGAGAGAGAUUUUAAAGAUGAUUCAGUUAUUGUUCCUGGUGGUGUUCUCAGAGAUGGCGGUGAUUGUUGUAUUAUCGUUCAAGACACCGUUAAGGAAGCUGGUGAUAAUGGUUUUGGAUCGGGUCAAGCGGGGACGAGGACCUGUGAUGGUUAAGACGGUGGCGGGAACGGUUUCCGUGGUGAUGAUGUCAAGCGUGUACAGCAUGAUGAAGAUCCAGAAGCGUUGGAUCGAUGACGGAGCGGCUAAUCCGACGGACCAGGUUCUUAUGGCCAAGCAUCUUCUUGAAGCUACUCUCAUGGGGGCAUCACUAUUCCUAGCACUAAUGAUUGACAGAGUACACCAUUAUAUCAGAGAACUCCGACUACGAAGGAAGAACAUGGAGGCUGUCAAGAAACAAGGUCGAGGCUUUGAGGAUGUAAAGCCUGGUGGCUCAAACGAAGUUAAAGCCUUGGAGGAAGAAGUAACCGCUCUGCGGGCAAAAUUUAAGCAGCUGGAGUCUGAUCUUGAGACAAAGACGAAAGAGAUGAGUGCUGCAGAAGCCAAUGCAGUUGCUUUAAGGAAACAAUCUGAAGGUUUUCUUCUUGAGUAUGAUCGAUUGCUUGAGGAGAACCAAAACCUUAGGAAUCAGUUGCAAUCUUUGGACCAGCGAUUGUCACGUUCAGGUAGUAAGAAGAAUACCUAAGGAACUGAUCUCACCUCUUGCAAAAUGAUUUUCAGUUUCACUAUCAAUUUUCAAUUUAGUUAUUCAGGAGUUUUGUAAUGGAUUUGUUGGUUGCAGUUUAGUUGUCAUUCAUGCAUUAUUUUAAAGUGUGGACAGAAAAAGAUUCAAGGAAAAAAAAAAUGUUAGAGAUAUUAGCUUCUCUUUGUCCUGUUUUGGGCUUGAUGUGUUUGAUUUAAGCAGAAUUGAAAUGUUGAAGCAUAAUGGAUGAAUUUUGACUUGACAUAUUGUAAAA